UGGGGUCUCUGGAAACCGCCCUUUGCGAUUUGAGGUCAAUAAAGGGAAGCUGCUAUAAUUUUUGUACUGUUUCUAAGGAUGUCACUUACGAAGAACUUAAAAACCUGUUGAGUUCCAAAAAUAUUAUGUUAAUUGAUGUUAGAGAGAAAUGGGAAAUUCUUGAAUAUGGAAAGAUCCCUGGAUCUAUCAAUAUACCAUUGCAUGAAGUAACGGAAGCCCUACAGAUGGACUCAAGAGACUUCGAAGAGAAGUACCACGAAGUAAAGCCUUCCAAAUCAGACAGUCUAGUGUUUUCUUGUUUAGCAGGAGUAAGAAGCAAGGAGGCUCUAGACACAGCAAGAUCUCUGGGCUUUAACAGUGCUAAACACUAUGCUGGAGGAUGGAAGGAAUGGGUCACCUAUGAAUUUUCAGAGAAGAAACAAGGAAAUUAAAUUUUGGAAUACAAGUUGGCUCUUUGUGGACAUGCAGCCUAGGACAGUGGAAUGAACAUAAGGGAAAUCUAGUCCUGACACCAGUGGUUAAUGGUAAGGGGAUUCUAUAUAAGCCACCUGCUUGUUCAAUCUUUUUCUCCUCUGUAAAUUGAGAAUAAUGCUCUCCCCCUUCCCCAGCUGAUCAUUUUCAAAGGCUACUGAGGGUUGAAAUAAUGGAUGUGACUUGUUCUGGAAAUAUGCAUUUGGAUUCUAGGAGUUAAUUUUUUAAAUAGUUUAGCACAGUUCAGUAAUAUUCUAAAAGACUAGGUUACUUGUGCUAUUUAAUCAUGUGUGUCCAUUUGGGUUAAUAUAGGUUCUAUUCAUCAAAGAGGCAAUGAACUUGACAGUAGAUCAGCAAGUAGAUUUGACCUUGAAAAAAAAAUCAAGGAUCUGGGAUCCAGAUUUGAACAAAGAAAAUACAUUAAUAUCAUCCAAAGACGCAUGGCAUUGUUGUGACCAGAAUAGCAGUGAUAAAAUUUGCAAUUUAAAAACUAAAAUUAGUAUGACUAACAUGGGGUUAGAAAUCAGAACAGUGGUUACUUCUGUGGUAGAUUAACUGGACGAGGCAAGGAGGGAAUUUUCUAGAGUGAUAGAAAUGUUCUGUAUCUCAGCUUAGGUAUUGGUACAUAGGUAUCUGUUUUCAAAACUCAUUGAAGUAAACACAAACACAUGACAUUUUUCUUGAUGUACUUAAGAAUUUUGGGGGGCUAGGAAUAUAGCUCAGUGGUAGAGCAUGUGCUAAGCAUGCACAGAGCCUGGGGUUCACUCCCUGGCACCAUACACAAACACCCCACCACCACCACCAUAUGCUUGUCUCUAAGGAUACCUCAAUCUAAAAAUAAUGAAAAUAGAAACAGUGUCUACAUGUAAGUGACUCUUACUAGUUGGGUAUAUUUCUUUGGAAUGUUAAAUCCUACACCUUUGUGCUAGUGCACUAGUAGCAAAAUAAACCAGUGCUUUAUCAGA